GGAAGUGACAUGCUAAUAAAAACAAACCACUCCUCCCAAACACGUGGUGGCGUUGUGUUGCGUUUCUCCUACAGUUCGACUUCCUACUCGAUGCAGCUCUGUCAGGCAGGCAGUGUCAACAUAGCCGUGCAGAGUGGACCCACAGGAACAACAACUCCAGCCAAGCAACCGUCUAUCAAAAUGAACACCGAGUCUGUUGUCAUCGUGUCUGCUGCAAGGACACCCAUUGGGUCCUUGAACGGUGCUCUGUCCACCGUAAAGCUGCCUGACCUGUGUUCAGUGGUGAUCAAGGACGUUCUGAAGCGGGCCGAGGUGAAGCCAGAGGAGGUCUCUGAGGUUAUCAUGGGACACGUACUAACAGCAGGUCAGGGGCAGAACCCGGCACGUCAGGCCAGUGUAGCGGCAGGUAUCCCGUACCCUGUCCCGGCCUGGAGCUGUCAGAUGGUGUGUGGCUCUGGGCUGAAGGCUGUGUGUCUGGCAGCUCAGUCCAUCAUGACUGGAGAGUCCACUGUGGUGGUGGCAGGGGGGAUGGAGAGUAUGAGCCAGUCUCCUCACACGCUGAGAAUGAGAGAAGGUGUGAAGAUGGGCGAUGCCUCCCUGCAGGACUCCAUGGUGGCUGACGGCCUGACAGACGCCUUCCACGGCUACCACAUGGGCAUCACAGCUGAGAAUGUGGCGACGCAGUGGGAAAUCAGUCGAGAGGAGCAGGACCAGUUUGCAGUCCAGUCCCAGAACAAGACAGAGGCUGCGCAGAAAGCAGGACAUUUCGAUCAAGAGAUUGUCCCGGUCACGGUGCCAUCCAGGAAAGGCCCGGUCGAGGUGAAGGUGGAUGAGUUUCCUCGCCACGGCAGCAGCACGGAGAGCAUGGCUAAACUCAGACCCUGCUUCAUUAAGGGCAUCGGCACCGUCACCGCUGGGAACUCCUCAGGUAUUAAUGAUGGAGCAGCAGCAACCGUUCUAAUGAGCCAAUCAGAGGCUGCGAGACGUGGCCUUAAACCGAUGGCCAGAAUUGUAUCGUGGGCUCAAGCUGGCCUUGAUCCAUCUAUCAUGGGAACUGGACCAAUACCAUCCAUCAGGAAAGCAGUUGAGAAAGCAGGCUGGCAGCUGGACAAGGUCGACUUGUUUGAGAUCAAUGAAGCCUUUUCUGCCCAGUCUAUUGCUGUGGUGAAAGAGCUGGGCCUGAAUACAGACAAGGUGAAUGUGAGUGGUGGAGCCAUCUCUCUUGGCCAUCCCAUCGGCAUGUCUGGCUGCAGAGUGCUGGUCACUUUGUUGCACGCCCUUCAGAGGACUGGAGGUAGUAAGGGCGUGGCGUCUCUCUGCAUCGGAGGAGGGAUGGGCAUCGCCAUGUGCGUGGAGAGGGUUUGAUAAGGGAACUUAAUGCUUCUUCACAAAUUGCACUCUUAAAUUAUAAAGGGAUCAUGUUGUUUACGCUGCGGGGAGAUAGAUGUUAAGAGUUAAGGUGGUUGAAUCCUAUCCGAUAGUAGCUUGCUAUUCUCACUGUGAACAUCCAACCCUUCCUCAGGUUAUAGCUGUGUAACAUGAGACUUAAUGUUAGUAGGAUUUAAAAUGUCUAGAUAUUGUAAAUCUAGUGUAUAAUGACCUUAGAUGAGCUAUAUAUGCACCAUACUGCAGUUAGGAGCUGUUAACAAGAAGUAUUGGAUGUUUUCUCCUCCAAGACCUGAUUUCAGUUACCUGUACUAAUGAAGUGAAACAAACUGCAAAUCCAAGGCUUUAAUGCUUUUUGUGCUCCGUACGGACAGGCUUUGGAAGACAUGCUAUCUUUUCUGUAGUUUUUUUACGAUUUGAGAUUCUGAUCAACAUUCCACUUACUCUAUAAUCAAAUGUAGCACGAGCCUUGAAAUGCAAGUGCCAUUAGGUUACGUACACUAGCCUUCUCUAACCUUGUGCUUCCUGUACAUAGCAUGACGCAAGUGUAAUGUUUCCUGCAGCUGUUUUACAUAUCAAUAAAGAAUUGUCCACCAUCGA